CCGCCUCACUCCCCUCUGACCCGGUGUCUCGUCUCUCUCUCUUCCUGUUCCAAACCACGUGGACGCGCCGGGGGCUGCGGGAGGGAACCCAGGCCGCCCCUCCCGCUGUCGCUGCUACUGCCAGUACCGCAACCCCCUCACCCAUCCGAAGUCGCCUCGUCCCUGCUACCCGCGUCUUUGCGGAGGGCGUGCACAUGGCGACCCAGGCGCACUCCCUCAGCUACUCAGGCUGCAACUUCUUGCGCCAGCGUCUGGUCCUGUCCACUCUGAGCGGGCGCCCUGUCAAAAUCCGAAAGAUUCGGGCCAGAGACGACAACCCCGGCCUCCGAGAUUUUGAAGCCAGCUUCAUAAGACUGUUGGACAAAGUAACUAAUGGUUCUCGAAUUGAAAUAAACCAAACAGGAACGACCUUAUAUUAUCAGCCUGGCCUCUUGUAUGGUGGGUCCAUGGAGCAUGACUGCAGCGUUCUUCGCAGCAUUGGGUAUUAUCUGGAGAGUCUGCUCUGCCUGGCUCCAUUUAUGAAGCACCCGCUGAGAAUAGUUCUGCGAGGAGUGACCAAUGACCAGGUUGACCCUUCGGUUGAUGUUCUGAAGGCAACAGCACUCCCUCUACUGAAACAGUUUGGGAUUGAUGGUGAAUCUUUUGAAUUAAAGGUUGUACGACGGGGAAUGCCGCCUGGAGGAGGAGGUGAAGUGUUUUUUUCAUGUCCUGUGAGGAAGGUCCUGAAGCCUAUUCAACUCAUAGAUCCAGGAAAGAUCAAACGUAUCAGAGGAACGGCGUAUUCAGUACGUGUAUCACCUCAGAUGGCAAACCGGAUUGUGGAUUCUGCAAGGAGCAUCCUCAACAAGUUUAUACCCGAUAUCUAUAUUUACACAGACCACAUGAAAGGCAUCAACUCUGGGAAGUCUCCAGGCUUUGGGCUGUCCCUGGUUGCGGAGACCACCAAUGGGACUUUCCUCAGUGCUGAGCUGGCCUCCAACCCCCAGGGCCAGGGCGCAGCGAUGCUGCCCGAAGACCUCGGCAGGAACUGCGCCAGGCUGCUGCUCGAAGAGAUCUACCGGGGUGGAUGUGUGGACUCGACCAACCAGAGCCUGGCUCUAUUACUCAUGACCCUUGGACAGCAGGAUGUUUCCAAAGUCCUGCUCGGACCGCUCUCUCCCUACACGAUAGAAUUUUUGCGGCAUUUGAAGAGCUUUUUCCAGAUUAUGUUUAAAAUCGAAACCAAGCCAUGUGGUGAAGAACUCAAGGGAGGGGAUAAAGUGCUGAUGACCUGUGUUGGCGUUGGCUUCUCCAACCUUAGCAAGACCCUCAAGUGACAUUGUCAGAAGAUGAAAGGCCCAAAGGCUUCUAGACAAUGCAGAAGCUACCAAGGAACCAAAGGGACCAGAUUCAUCCAGGACUUUCCUAACUUUCUGUUUGAAAACAAUCAGGAUAUCCGAACAAAAGACGUCUCUCUGCCUUGUGGUUUUCAGCCAUUUCUCUGGGGCAGACGUUCCUCAGGAGGCCCAGUCACAGCGGGAGCUCCCUCGGCUUACCUGGAUGAAGAGUGUGCCUUUGGGACACAGUUGUACUGCUGCAGCAUCACAGCUGCGUUUUAGCACUGCUUCCUGAGCCCACAUCCUCAGGCUUCCGCCAUGUGGCUAUCUUCCAGACCUUUGGAGUUUCUUACAGUUCCUUCUCCAAGGACUGACCCCCCUGAAUCUUGGUUUCUGUGUAGGGAUUAAAUGAGAUACUAUGAGUGGAACCCCUUUAUGAAUAAUGUCAUGUCAUGCGAAUGUCAGAAAUUGGUGUGUUAGCCUAUUUUAUCCCUUGUCUUCUGAAUGGACUGCUAUCUUGGAGAUACACUGCUCCCCAUCUGGUUCA